CCUGCUUCAAACCUAUAAUACCUGGUUUCUGGAGGAGUUUUAUAUAUUUAGUGUCUGUCAUUUUGUUUAAUAAUACUAGCCCAUUAAAACGCAGAUGGCUGACUCAGACUUUGUUGUGGACGGUAAUAAGGUUGUCGAAUUUAAGCUAGUUAAAAUUGGAGACGAUUUGCUUGAUAACUCACUGAUCUUCAGACCACAGAUGUGUCAUCAGAUAUUUGGUGAUGAGGAAUCAAUUUAUGGAUUUAAAAAUCUUAGAAUCAAGCUAUAUUAUAAAGCAGACUCCCUGCAACUUUAUUGUGGAUUUGAUUAUGAGGCUAAAUUGCCCGGAAUUGAGGUCUCAGAUUUGAUGAGAAAAAUCAAAUCCAAGUAUGAAUUCGAUAUCAUUGAAAACCUUCAGGAUUUUGAGAUUCUUGUUAGCACAGAAAAAGUUUAUCCCUCUGGCUUAUUAAUCAGUGAAUUUCAAGGUUGUGAAAAAAAGCAGUAUGAAAUUUAUCACUGUACCAAUUCAACCCCUAACUUUAUCAACUUUCAUCAAAGACUUCAAACAUUCCUAGUGUGGUUCAUUGAUGCUGCAAGUUAUGUUGAUAUGGAUGAUAGCGGGUGGAACUUUUUUGUACUGUUUGAAAAAUAUCACUCUGGUGAAGAAAUCAGAUAUUCAGUGGUUGGAUAUGCAUCUGUUUACGACUAUUAUGCCUACCCGGAGCACAUUAGACCUCGUAUAAGCCAAGUUCUGAUCUUACCUCCAUACCAGUCGAAAGGACUUUGCAUGAAAUUAUUAUUCAGUGUUUACAACCACUAUCUUGCAGAAAAGAGCAAUAUUUUGGACUUCACUGUUGAGGACCCAUCUGAAGAAUUCCAAAGAGUGCGUGACUGUGUUGACUGCAAACGAGUCUUGGAGAAAGAUAUUAUCAAUCCCCAAAAACUAGCUACUGAAACUAGAAUGAAGCUAAUAGAAGACAUGCAUAUCAUCUGUAAAAUUAAUAAGAAACAGGCUCGCAGAGUAUACGAAAUUUUAAAACUAAAAUAUAUAAAUCGGCAGAAUGAACAGGAAUUCACUAAUUAUAGAGUGGAGGUUAAAAGAAGGUUGAAUCAACCUUAUCAAAAGCAAAUGAAGCUCAUUUCUAAAUGUAAGAGUGGAAUGACCCUUCAAGAAGUUCAUGACAACCUUAUCAGCGAUGAAGACCGUAAAGCCAGAUUAGAUAUGAUGUUCUUAGAAACCAUUGAUCAAUAUUCAUCUGUUAUUGCCAGAUUGCAUACCAAUGGGAGUACUGUAUAAGUUAAGUUCUUUGCUUUAAAUUUACAAAGUAAAGCUGUUAACCUAGUCAACAUAACUAAAGAAAACGGUUCAUCAAGAAUAUAACAGCUGAACCGAUGUUACCAUAAUUGCUUAUUCCUAUUUUUUGUUUAAAACAACUUAAUGUUUUGUUUAUAUACUGUU